AGACCUCAGCUGUGAGACCAUAGUCUGGGAAGGAGCAGUGGACCUUUAUUCUUGUUGCCACCGUACCAAUAUGGAACCCUGAGACUGACAAAAUGUAGUAAAAGGUUAUCAGACAAGUUAAAUAAUUAAAAUGUGAGUGUAAAAACAAAUAGAAAAUAUUAUAUUUUUUUAGCUUUAUACCUACCUCCAAUCAGCUCAUAAUAAAAAGUGUGCAGUUGAGAGGACUGUGUGGCUAGUUAUAGCAUCAGCCUUUUCAGCUACCUCAUUUCGAGGUAAUCAAUCUGAUAUCGCAAGAGAACAAAAGGUUGUUUCCUCUUAUUACAGUCUCUUAUUACCUGUUAUUAUCUCUUAUUACCCACAUGCACAGAUGGCAUCUUGACAACAGUAACUGUGUAUUUAAGCUGAAAAUGGCAGAUCAAGGAGUACCCUCAAAUGGCCAUACUUUCAUUUAUUUUUCAAUGUCAUUAUCUCAAGAUCAUGAGUUGAUUUAUCUCAACUGGCGAAAACAAAAGGCAGAUUUUUCGAGAUGAUUUAUUACGUUUUAAUAAGAUCACAGGAUAAUUAUGGAGAAUUUGAAAAUGAGUGUCUGGUUUAUUUGAUCACACCCACACAGCCUUCACGAUCACUGUCAUGACUGUUGGGGAGGAUUCAUAACUGAACAGUAAAUCAAGGCAGUUUUGUUUGCUGCAGUUAUAGUUACUCCUUGAUCUGAUAUCUUUAGCUGAAAUCAGUCACAGCUGUCAAGAUGCCAUUUGCAUGCUAGCAUGGCACUCCUGAUUGCUGAUAAACACUAUGAAUAAUAAAAGGAAACAACCCUUUGUUUUCUCGUGAUAACGGGUUGAUUAACUUAAGGUAACAAACCUCGUUUUCUUGAGAUAGGAAGAUAAAUUACCCUCUUAUCACAAGAAAAAAAAGCUCAAAGUAACAAAAUAAUUAAUUUGUGAUUACGAGAUAAGGGCAUUAAAAAAAUAAUUGCAAGUACGACCGUUCUCAGCUUCCAUACCCAUAACUACAGAAAACAAAACCACACAUUUAUGCCUUGACUCACUGUUCAGUUAUGAAUCCUCCCCAACUUUAAGAGUAUGCAAUCUCUUAAUAUAAACAAUGGUGUAAAUAAAAUAUUAUCAGCAAAAUAAACUUCAAAAGCACAAGCGCUGGUUCGGCAUCCCCUGUGAUUUAUUAUCAUUCUAGUUCAUUUAUUACUAUUAUUAUUAUUAUUAUUAUUAAUGUGCCUGACUGAGACAUUGUAAAAUGAUCCUGCUUUUCCUGGUACGUCAGAAUGUCAAAAUAAGCUGUUAGAUUUUCACUGUAAAAUAUUAUGUAAUGACAGCAGUUGUUUUCUUCCAUUGACAAGAUUAUAUUAAAAUUAAGCAAAACAUUUUCAGCCAGUUUUCUGUUAAUGCCUGACUCAGAAACAUCAAAGUCACACUGCAUGAAUGCUUCACUUGCUGUUUGUUUCUCUCACUACAAUUACUGUGUGUCACAAUAAGAGCCCAAGGCUGCUUCAGUUGUCUCAUACCAAAUGGCCAUUGUCCUAAAAAGUUCUUAAGUCUCAGUGAGGCGUAUGUAAUGUGUGCAUGAUCCGUGAACGCGGUCUAUGUGUGUUGUCAAAAAUGGUUACAUGUUUUUAAACAUCAACCUGUUUUAAUAUCAGUCUCUGCUGACUCUAAAAGUCCCAGCCAGUGCUUUCUUUAUCCUGGAGAAGAGAAAAUAUUCUGUGUAUAGAUUUAAUAUCUGCAUUAGUGUUUGUAAUAACACAUUUCAAACCCCAGUAUGUUGAAAUGUGCCUGGGGUGAAAUUUAAUUUGUCAGUUUGAGCUUUGGGAUGAUAAAAUUUAAGGAGUCCAGUCUAGAUAAUAGCAGCCUGCAGCAGCCUGGGUUGAAUGUGCUCUUAAUCUCUGGCAAUUGGUUGGUCAACUGAACUAAUUAAAUAAGUGACCACCUGCUAGUUUUACGGUCUAUGACAUCUGGCUGAACAAAAGAAAUAAUUAGCCACAUGCUUGAUAAACAUAAACUAUGCUUGGAAGAGUUAUCUCUCAAGUACAGGGCUGUUUACCUGUCUAGGAUUGGAGUUAGUGGCUUGGCGUGUUCUGCUGCCAUUUUGCCAAGCCUAGACAAGGAUUAAGUCUACGCUAUAUAACAUACAGUUUAUUAUCGCCUCACUAAUUAAGGGUAGCAUGAUCAUUUUUAGAUUUCAAUCCAUAUGGGCCAUUUUUCCUAUAUGAUUGGAUGAUUAAGAUCAUCCCCAGGAUUAAAAUAUUUUGCUUUGAUGCCUUUUUUUUGUGAGGUAGGGCUCGUGUAAAGAUCCUACAUACUCGACUGGCAAUAAGUUGUAGUGGUUGCUGUCCAAUUUUCUGUAUACAUAAAAGGCACAUGAGACAAUCUGAACUUCUUUUUAGAUCUUUAAGAUUAAAAUGUCUUACUGAAUCUCUGAUUACAAUUUGAUUCAAUUAAUAUUUUUACAUUAUAUAAUGUAUCAUAAAAGUGAGAUUAGAUUUGUCAGAAUUCAAUAAGUCAUGUGAGUAGGUUGCCAGUAGCAGGUGUUUGCUACUUGUCUCCAUUUUCAGCUCCAGAGCUGAACUUUCUGAACACGGAGGUAUUGAUUGGCCUAUUGAUUUUCAAAUAAGCUCUCAUAGUAGAAAGUAGAAAUCCAAUUAAAAGUUGAACUUGAAACAGUUAAUCCAAUCAAGACGAUGAAAUGUAUCGAUUUUACCCUCAAAAUCAAUAAGGUGCAUGCGGCUCUUGUGCAUGAGCUUGGCCCUGAACAUUUUCCUUUUUCCAAAAUCGUGGAUCACAUGUUUGGCAUCAGCUGAAUACUAUCAGAAUUUUUUUUUUCCUUUAAUUUGCUAAACUUUUUUUUUUUUUUUAAUUCAAGUGAUAAAAUUCUUCAAACUGUGUAGAUCUUUAUGUGUUGUUGAGAUAGGCUUUGAUUUCUCAUUGUAAGGGGUCUCACAUACCCCACAGCUGUAUGUGUAAAAUUUAUAAUAAUUGCAAUCCAUUGUAUUUAACCAUGUUUUACUGAACUAAUGCAGCACUUUACUGUUUACUCUGUUGUAAUAAAAAACAAUGUUAAGUAUGUUUUUCAGAGUUGUUAAAGAGGACCCAGGAUUCGCGUUAAUAUGGAUAAAGCACAUUUUUUAAAAAAGACACUUGAGCAAAUUAAACUUUUUUCAAAUCUUGUAUAACGUAUUAGUUAAGGAAUAACAUGUGAAAACACAUGACCACUACAGGGUAAACUGUUCCUAAAGUCUCACAAGAUGCUGAAAAUAAUAUACAGACUUCCGCCAAAGACACAACUCCUGUAGUAUUUUUGCUUUAUCUUUAUCUGCCCUCCCUAUGGUUUUUAGAUUCCCUCUGAUAAUGUAAACCACAGUGCUCACUGAGACCUUACACUUGUUGUCUUUCAUCCUCUAGAGUAAGAUAAGAUCCGUUUACCUGUUCUCUGUCGUGACCAGCUGAUAUUUGCCUUCCAUGAUGAGUGUGGAGUGUUUUAUUGUUCUCUGUGUCUAAGAACCAAUUUAAUUAGCCAGCUCCUGAUUAGGCUCCUAAUUAGUGCUUUAUUAAAGUCAGGUGUGCUGAAAAGGUCAAUGCUGAACAGAUACUUAUGGAAAGCAGCUAUACAGUGCAAUCAGAUGUAGGGCAAACAUACAGCAUGUUGUUUACACGAUAGGUGCUCAGUUAGUCCUGCUUCAUUUCCAUCCAACUUUUAAAAUUAAUUUUCUAUUGCAUUGUGUGAGAUUUAACCCAAAGUGCUAAAAUAUUGUGACUUCUGGCUUGUGCCAUAAACUACAGUAUGAUCAAGUGAAGUCAUUGUCUUCCUUUCCACUGGUUUUUUUCAUUCAUCGAGCUAUUUGUUGUAAGUAAUGCUAAGUAACUGUUGCUAAGUCCACCCACCGUCCCUGUGGGGAAAUCCAGCUGCCACCGAGCGGCCUCAGCGAGGAGGAUUGGAAUGUGGCAGGAGAGAAAAGGUCUUUUCAGCUGGCAUUCAGAUAACAUUUACAUGGACACGCCAAACGUCUUCAUUCAUGGAUCAAAAUACAGUCGCUUCCCAGUGGAGCCCUGACACUGAGGGCGACUUUAAUGCAACAGUUCUCUUGAUGACUACUUGAUCUUCACCACUGGUUGAAUGGUAAUAGAGUGAGUCCCCCUUUGAAUUAGAACAAUAAUUUUCAGUGACAUUAGAUAAUCCUUUAACACAAUCCGCACACCACUGCAUUUUUUAUAUGCAGAAGUCAAGAGGCUCUCAGUGACCUUUAGUUCAGUGCCGUGCAGUGAUACCAAGCUGCCCUGGCUCUUUAGUGGAUAAUUCCCAGCACUGGCAGGUUUUAUUACUCACUCAAAAACAGGGUUGAAACAGAGAGAUGGGUACAGGCCAAACGUCACCACUGACCCAAAAUCAUCUUGUCUCUGACUCUUAUAGAAGAAUGAUGCUCCUGUUCUCAGGCACUUCAAAAUUAAAAGAGAUGAGUGCAUUUGUGUUCAUUUAAUCACAUUACUUAUCUCGGCAGAAAAACCUGAUUCUUUUACAGUCCAUCAAAUCCCUUUAAUGAACAAAACCUAGAUCUAAAUUACGAUAAUUAUUGCAUUCUUGACACAAAAAGUAUUUCCAUGUUGUAAUGAAUCUCCAAGUCAUCUGUAACUUCCAGCACUUUGUAGAACAAGUGUAAGAGAGGGAGAGGGGAGGGGGGAGAGAGCAGGGGGAGGAGGUUAAUGUAGGAGGGGGAUGGUGAGGGUUGCAGGGUCAUGGCUCUUGUAAUUACCACAGUCAGGUUCAAGUCCCUGGUCAAGCUGUUGCUGAUUUUUUUUUUCUUCCCAUAAUGCAGUGUUGUCAAGGACUGGCCUUCAUGUGGCACAGCAUGCCUCCACUGAUGCCCCUUUGAUUAGGUGUCUUAUCUUCCACCGGGCUGCAUCCGAUGAGAGCCGGGAGCACAGUGAUGGCGGGGAAACUGACAGAGAGGUCCAUUAAAUGGCAGCUUUGUUAUGACAUGUCAGCCAGGACGUGGUGGAUGGAUGAAUUUCAUCCCUUCAUCGAGGCACUUCUUCCUCACGUCCGUGCCAUCGCCUACACAUGGUUCAACCUCCAGGCCAGAAAACGCAAGUACUUCAAGAAGCACGAGAAGCGGAUGUCCAAGGACGAGGAGCGUGCGGUGAAGGACGAGCUUCUGAGCGAGAAGCCCGAGGUUAAGCAAAAAUGGGCAUCCAGGCUGCUGGCCAAGCUGCGUAAGGACAUUCGGCAGGAGUACCGGGAGGACUUUGUCCUCAGUGUGACGGGCAAGAAGCACCCGUGCUGUGUGCUAUCCAACCCGGACCAGAAGGGCAAGAUCCGCCGGAUUGACUGUUUGCGGCAGGCCGACAAAGUUUGGCGACUGGACCUGGUGAUGGUCAUCCUCUUCAAAGGCAUCCCUCUGGAAAGUACAGAUGGCGAGCGCCUUGUCAAGUCUCCACAUUGCACCAACCCAGCACUUUGUGUCCAGCCACACCACAUAACAGUGUCGGUCAAGGAGCUGGACUUGUUUCUAGCAUACUAUGUCCAGGACCAAGACUCGCAGCAGUCAGGAAGUCCCAGUAACAAUGAGCCAGGCAAGAACCCUCUUCCAGUGUACUUGGAAGACAGCUUCAUCAAAUCAGGAGUCUUCAGUGUUGCAGAACUGGUGCGAGUGUCCAGAAUGCCCAUCACCCACGGUGCAGCAGUAAACUUCUCCAUGGCUGACAUGCCCAGCCAACCCUACUACCACGACCUGAACUCCAGUGUGGGGCUGCAUCGCUCCCUGUCCUCCCCUCCCGGCAGCAAAAGGCCCAAAACAGUGAAUAUGGAGGAGAACAUGGACACUAGCCCGACAGGACCUGACUUCUACUCGUCACCCAGCUCACCGGCCAGCAGUCGGGCAAACUGGCACGACAGAGACGGAGACAUGUCCUCUCCUACCAUGAAGAAGCCAGAGAAGCCGCUGUUCAGCCCCACCUCUCCGCAGGACUCCUCACCACGACUCAGCACUUUCCCUCAGCCUCAUCACCCAGGCCUAACUGGUGUAGGACACAGUGUUAUAUCGACGAGGAGCCCCCCUCCACACUCGCCCCUGCAGUUCUCGGCCUCGGCUAUCUUGCCCCCGGCGCCGUCGCCCUAUUUCUCGCACACCACCAUCCGCUACCCGCCCCACCUCAACCCUGCUGAUCCCCUCAAGAGCUACGUGCCGUCAUACGACCCGUCCAGCCCACAGAGCAGCCAGCCUAACAGCAGUGGUCAGGUGGUAGGAAAGGUUCCAGGCCACUUCACCCCAGUCCUGGCUCCCUCCCCACACCACAGCGCUGUGCGACCCGUCUCGCUCUCCAUGCCCGACACCAAGCCCAUCACCACAUCCGCAGAAGGCUACUCAGCCCCUGGCACCCCGACGGCUAAUCGUUUUGUAGGCCUGAGCCCUAGAGAUCCUACCUUCCUCCACCAGCAACAGCUGAGGAAGUGUGACUGGAGCGUGACUCAAAACGGCAGGCAUUAUGGCCCCAGUGCCACUGACGACACUUUGGGGAUUACUUGGCAAAGUCCUGGUACCUGGGCGAGCUUAGUUCCAUUCCAAGUGUCGAACGGGACUCCGAUUCUGCCAACAAAUGUCCACCAGAACUACAGCAUAAACAUCAUUGGUGAGCCCCUGGUCCCCGCUGAGACAGGGAACUGAACACGCAGAGGCCCGGAUGACCCCCAGGGUGAAUGGGUGGGUGGGGGUGUUGGUGGUGCAGAGCUAGCACUACAGGUGUCCGCAGCCAUGGAUGAAACCAGCAAAGCAGCACGAGCUGCACAAUCGUUCCCCCUCCUCCCCCCUCCCCCCUCCUCCUCACCCGGCCCUCUCCCCCAACCCAGAUCUUGACCCUUCCAUCUCCCUCCCCACUCCCGUCCCUCCCCAUGAUGGACCCUGGCCGUGAAGUGAAGACGAGGGUUGGUUCAAAAAGGAAAGAAAAAAAAAGAAAAAGCCCAGCCCACACAUCCACCACCCACCAGUCAGUUGUUGUGUUUGCAGAACUUUUCAAUCCAUUCAAAUACUGUGAUGUAUAGAUGCCUUAAUGUUUUAUUGCAUGACAUUCUAGUCUCUUAGCGGCAAUUCCUACUACUUUUCCAUGUUAGGGGAAGAUGUAAAAUCAUGAUCCACACACACACAGACAAAUGGGGACGGACACACACACAACACACACACACACACACACACACACACACUCUCAAACACACAAGUGAAGAGGUCUGCGCAUCAACAACCUCUGCCUGGUGGAUGGCUCUGAGACUCUAAGCUCUCCAACUCAGACCUCUUGAAAAGAGGCUUUCCCAUGUCAAACGAUUCACUGUGUACACCAUAGGAACAAAAAAUUGUGAAUUCAGAGUGUUUCUUCUUCCGUUUGAUUUCAGUUUACUGUGAUAUGACUCUUUGUUCAGAAAAUGUGUUGACUUUGUUUAUUCUUUACUGCUACUUACUUCAAGAAUUAAUGUAAACACUUAUGGUAAGAGUUGAGAACUCUUAAUGCGGUUUCAAAAAACACUAAAAGUUCGGCUUGAGAUUGGACCCCUCAUUAAAGAAUUUGCAACUCCUUUACAAAAGGAUUUAAAAAAGACGGAGAAAAAGAAAAUCUCGACAGAGGCAAGUGCAAUUGAAUUUUUGAAGGGAAGCUAUCAGUCUGUCAGCCCUAAGACUCUAAAGGAAGGGGGAUAAAUAUUAAAUGGUUUUAUGGGUAAAAUGUUUAAGAAAGCAUUUGAAUUUGAUUUCAGUUGCAUAUCCGUCUCCUCACAUGAGAAAAACAUCAAGCGCAAAAGGCAUUUGAAGGCAAGCACUAAGCUACCUGUGCAGCGCUGAGCGAAACCAGCACUUCUUUUGAGCCCUUCCCGUCAUUAUGGGGAGUUUUCUUUUUAUUUAUUUUGGGGGAAAAAAAAUAAGCAAACAUAAGUAAAGAAAUGAGACACACAUAGUGUGUAAAAAAAAAAAAAAAUGGUAUUUCAUUUUCUAAAAUGCUCACGAUAAGAUCAAGAGCAUAUGUAUUUGGCCAUCAGCUUCUAAAGCUUAUGUUUACAGAAAAAAUAUAUGGAAUGCAAAGUGUUAAUUCAUGAAAUGUACAAUUCAUGCAAAUGUACAGCAGGCUUAUGUGUAAAGCUACAGUUUGUGCAAGGUUAACUCUGCAGUGGAAGAGGUUGAAAACUGAAAUUAUGAUCCAGGUGGUGGCAGAUCCCUGAAAUCUAGAAUUGUGCAUGGCAUGUUCGCAGCCAUUGCCUCUCCAGUCCAGACAUAUUUAUACAAGGAAAAUCUCUCCAAUACUCUUAAUUUGCACGAUGACAUAUAGUCCACAUUACGUGCCUUGCCUUUGAAUAUAGAGACAUCACUACACUUGUUUUUGCUGCAUUUAUCAUUAUAGAAAAAAAAUUAACAUUUUUAUGAAUAAGAAUUGUUUUGUACUCUGAAUGAAAUUGUUGAUUUUUAACUUCAUGUACUACUCUAUCUCACAGUUACAUUGCAUAUCAAGGCUGUGUAUAGUUGCCGUUUUAAAGUUUGUAAUCAACCAGCAUUUUUUUUUUUUUUUUUUUCUCAGUAUUUUGGUGGUUUUUCAAAUAACCUGUCAUCUUUUGUUUUCCUUAUUUCUUCAGUGCUCAUUUUGUUCAUCUUCCAGUUACUAUUGUGGAGGGUGAAAUUCAGAAUUAUGAAAAUUAUGCAAUACCAAGUUUUGCCUAUGUAGGUAGUGCUUAUAGAUGCGUCAAUUAUUAGAGGCUAGUUUGGAGAUAGACAAUAUUGUAAUGCAUUUAUUUUGUUGAUAUCGUUGUUUGUCGUUGUUGUUGUUGAUGAUGUUGUUGUUGUUGUGGGUGUUUUCCUUUUUUAUUGACCAAAGUGGGGACUGCUUUCUAUGCAGUGUAUGACAAGGUCUUUUUUUUUUUUCUUUCUUUAGCUCAUAGGCCUACCGAAUGACGGUGAGACAUGUUCCAGUGUAUUUUAAAUUUGGGAGUUUUAGGGGGAGGGGCGGUAUUUUUCUAGAAGUACUUAUAAAAAAAAAAAAAUGCACCCUUGGUCUUUUUACGGCUGCAAAGUCACUGAUUGGUCUACUGUGACUCUUACUUUCAACUUUCCACUUGGGGUGCUAGCAUGUGAACCUUGAAGGAGCUAAUUUUUCACAGGAGAGAAGGCUUGACUUGAGUAUGACAAUCACUCUAAGAAAUCAUUUUUGCGUAGAAUCCCAACCCUGUCGUAGAUCCCUCGAAGCCGCGACUCGAGGACGGAUACCGUUGCGCGCUUCUGUCGAAUCCUACGCCGUACUAUUGUAGACGUCACCGAAUGCAAUUCCCAAGUAGAUGCCUUAAACACAUCAGUGAAGUGGCCUGUGACCUGCGCAACAAUCACACACCGACUAAUGCUCGUGAGACCUGUCCAAAUCAGUUCCAGACAGGCUCAAGCAAGCCUUUAGAAAGUAUUUUAUAAGUAGUAGAUUUGUAUAAAUGUAUAUAUGAUAUGCACAUAUGUCAAUUCCUGAGAUACUUCCCCAGCAGAGAGUCCCAUAGAGAAGUAAAUAUUAGACCACAGAAGCGUGGUGUUUUCUUACUUCAUGUCCAACGGUCCAGUAGAGGCUUAAAUAGAACCCACUAGAAAAAAAUAUAGCACUUAAAUAGCACAUAGGCAAUCGUCUUCUUCCCCAUACAGUGUUUUGAGCCUAGUCACAAACGGAAUCUCUCAGGCGUAUUACAGGGCAUUAUUUAUAUCAAUCAUUAUCUUAUCAUUUUUAAUGUAAAAAAAAUAAAAAAUAAAAGACUUUUCUCACGGAGAGAGCAGCAUCUCUGAUGCUGCUAUGACACCUUUUGCACUCUUUCCCCCACAAUCGUGAAAGAAAGAAACGUUUUCCCUCGGAGAGACGGUACUGACGGGAGCUCUCUCCGACGCGAGCAGAGGGCUAAGAAGCAGAAAACAUUUUUGAAAAAUAAUCCUCAAGUCAAGCUCAAUCUCUCCGUCUUCACCCAGAUUUCUUAUGCAGGAAAAAAAAAUACUGAAAAAGUCACCCCGUUCUAUGUGCACUGUUCUGUCUUUUUUUUUUUCUUUUUAUUCUUUUUUUUUGUUUUUCUUUUUUUUUUCUUUUUUGGAAAUUUUCUCUUAAAAGAAAAACUACAAGUGCUUUGCAGCCUUUGGCCAUUGGAAACCCCACUGAAGUGCAUUGUCCCCAAGUGUGUUUGUGAGUGUUUGUGUGCGUGUUUGUGUAUGUAUGUGUGUGUGUGUGUGUGUGUGUGUGUGUGUGUGUGUGUGUGUGGAUGAGUGUGAGAUAAAAACAUGUGUCAGGGUCACUGUGCUGUUGGUGUUUAUUUGAAUAGGAGACUGUACAUAAAGGUAAAUAUCCUGAUUGCGUCGAUAGCAGUAGUCUGUGGGGUUGAACUCUGCUUUGGCAGCUUGAGUGUUCGUGUGCAUGCGCUUGUGUGUGUGUGUGUGUGUGUGCGCGUGUGCGUGUGUGUGUGUGUGUGUGAAUUUGUGAUCGAGUGCCUCUGACACUACACAAUGAGAGAAGAUGAGGGUCUGUCUAUCGGAAAAAAAAGCCUGCCGUAGGACAGGAGUUUGUACACUGUAAACUUUGUCGAGAGUUCUUCUCUGAAGCCCUUAUUUGUAAAUCUUCAAUUCUGGGGAAAAGAAGUCAAUUCCAUUUUAGGAAAAACAAAUUUAAUUUGGGUUUUGUUUGUUUGUAUUGGAAGCUGGAUUUGAGUUAGAACUCUCCAGGUUUCCCCGAGCAGUAGAAUCUAAAGUGUUUUCAUCAGUUGUUGUAUUCCUGUAUGUAAAGUCAAAAAAGAGGGGAAAUGUUCUAUACGGAUCCAUAAAUAUAAAAACAACAACAAUGAAGGCUUUUUUUAUUAUUAAUAUUAUUAUUUCUGAACUUGGUUAUUGCGUAGAUAUUUACAUUUGGGAAACACUUCAUGAAUAUUUUGAAUUGUUGUUUCUUUCAUUAGUGUGGCCAUAGCGAGUGUGAUGUGAUUUUUUUUUUUUUUUUUUUUUUUUUUUUGAAAAUGGGUGUGAAUUCUUGUCCAACAAGAUCGUGGUGUGAGUGUGUUUCUUGUAGCAGCUGGGAGGUGAUGUCACUUAACCAGUAGAAAAGGCCCCAGAUUGCACCUGACCUUAAGAGAGAAGCAGGGUAAAAUCUGCAGUGACAAAACGUCCUCAAUGGAUCUAUCAGAUCGUUUUUUUUUGUUUUGUUUUUUUUUUUUGUUGUUGUUUUGUUUGUUUUCUUCUUUUCAGAGGAAAUGUUGCAAGACGAUUGGUGCUACAUCUCGCCAUACUUCUGAUUCGACUGGCCAAUGUUGAGCCGUCUACUUUGUUCUUCUUGGACUUAAUCUUUUAAAAGAUCAGUGAAAGCAUCAAGGCAUCACUCAUUUUGCACUUUCCACAUGCCUGAUGUAUUGUAGGAAACCCUCAGUUCACACUACAAACAAACAUGACUUUGCAGGUGCUUCAGAAUAGGGUACUGUACCUUCCAGCUGAUAAUAGGUAGUGUAUUUGAGCAUGGUUACGUGUUUCUAUUGCUACGCAGGGUGUGAAUGUAGCCUGUCAAAAAAAAGCUCUUGAAACUUUUUGAAAUUCGAAUCAGUAUUCCACCCAUCAGCAGCUUCAAGAGCCUUAUUUAAAGGCACACUCACUACAACCUUAUUUUAGAAAGUAUUAUGUCACUGAUCGCUACGAUCAUUGAGAAACAGAACAACUAUAUGCAAGGAGGACCUGUGGCACUCAUGCAAUAUGUGUGAUUUUCCUCUUUAACUGAAUGUCACACAUGGUGUAGGGACUAAGAGGGUGUAUACAUGCAGACUUUAAGGAAACAUUAACACUUUCGUUUUCAUCCUACAUGAGCAAUACACACCUUCCAUACUUUUGGCUAGCUGCUAGUCACUUGGCAUCAGGUUGUUAUAAAACAUGAAAACCAGCAUUUUUACAGGAUGUAACAUGCACCAAAAGAAGACAAAAAGAUAGCAAUGCAGUGCCUGUUCAAGCUGUCCAAGUGUCUGUUGUAUAUAAUUGUAAAAUGUGAUAGACUUACUUUCAUAUGUGAUGAGGAAAAAAAAACAAACAGCAUCACACAGAACAGAAUGUGGCAAACUCAUCUGGAAAUAUGCUCUUAAUUACUUCUUUGAUGUUUCUGGAGCUUUUUUUUUUUUUUUGUGAUUUAUUAAUUUUCUAAUUAUGUCAGCACCCAAUGCCCACAUCAAGCUUGUUCAGAAUCUGAGAGGAAAGGUUUGAGGUUCAUCUUUCUUUUUUUCCGGGGAGUGGGG